AUGUUGGAUCUGGGAGAAUCCACAGUUAUCGUGAUCGGGGCAAGGGCUAUUUUAAGAAUUAAUAAAGGGGAAAUAAAUGAAACGCCCUUACCAAAGCCCCGCAAUACAGACAAUGUAUCUGAAGAAAACAAAGUGAGAGACCGAAAAACAAAGGCAAGUCCGAAUGCACCACGUUGGUGUUUCGAGGAUGGCUGUCCUCAUGGCAAGGGUUUGACGUCAGACAAGUCACAGUAUCAGUAUCGAUAUCAUCCACAUGGGGACAAGCCAAGCGACGGGAAGGAGGUGAGCAGCAAACCCAGCAAAUCAGGACACCAACAAGCUGUGAAAUCUUAUGCAAUGUCGGAAGCAGCCUCAUGUGUCUGCAUGCAAAAGUGA